AUAUCUACAUCCCCCCCUCGUGAUUUUCACAUUCAAUAUAUAUAUAUAUAUAAAUACUAUCACAUUUCAUGCAAUAAUAUCUCAUCUGUUCUCACCAAACGAUUCAUUCCAAAACCUCCAUGUUUAACCAAUCUGAUCAUCAAGAUCUUCUCAAUGGUUGGCCGCUUGGACUUCAGGUCAUGAACUCCACACUUCGAUUAAUGGCUGAUUCAGGAACACACACAUUACCAUCUGCCCAACCUUCCCCUAAUUUGCUCAUUCCUUCAUUCAGUUUCUCCUCUCUCUCUUCCUCUGAACUCGACACUCUGUCGACGGCCUCCUUCUUUCAAGACCCUAGCGUAUCGCUUGGACGGCUCAUUGGACUAAAGCCGGCCGACAAGACGUGGUUGUACUUUCCGACCGAGGAGAAAAAGAGUGUGUCGGCUAAUUCUGCUGGCCGCCGCGUAGAUGAUUCCAAAACGAAGAACGCCGGUGAACAUGAAAUUAUAUCGGGACGAAUCUGCAUUCCGAUUGUGAUUGGUGUGAUCUUGAAGAUGAUUAGAAGUCGGAGAAAUUCCAGAAAGUGUAGUGUAGGAUAAAUUAUUCCUUGGACCUGAUUCUUAGAAAUUUGUUAUGAUGGAAGAUUAUUGAGUCUAAUAAAUAAAUUUCUCGGUUGGUUUUCUUGGAUUUUAAAAGCUGUGUUCAACAGUUUCAAUGUCUAAUCUACCUCAAGAGUAUAAAACAAAAUACGGAUCAAGAGUUUGAGAUUUCAUUUUCCCGAGAAACAAACAGAAACCAGGUUUCGAGGACUAAUCGAAAAUGUAUUUGAUCAA